ACUGAGGUUAGCAUUCAUUGUGUAUGCAUGAACAAAUGAAAUUAGAAUACUGUAGAAGAUUCGAGAUGGAACAACCAGAAUAUGAAUGAGUCAUAGUUUAAUUUAUGAUGAAGUGUGGUGGUCAUUCAGAAACUUUUUCUCUCUGCAGGAUAUGGCGAAGGUGAUCACACAAGAGACGUACGAUGCUGUCGUUAAGGAGAACAUGCAGGAGUUUGAGAUGAGUGCGGAGGAGGCGGUGUCAGACGCUGUAGAACAGUUCCAAUCCCAGGGGGUAAAUCUCUUAAACAUCAUUAAGGACCCCACCUUAUAUGAAGCUGAUGGUGCAAAGAAGGAGCUGCCUGUAAUAUCUGCUUUAAACAACCUCAGUUCUUCUCUAUCAACCGAUAACGAAGAGCAAAUUAUCAAUUACCUAGCCAAAUUAAAACUAGAAUGUGACAAAGAUUUAGCUGUUAGAUGUACAGCUGGCAACAAUGAUGCCUACAGUGUUCUUCUGAAAACCGUGGAAAAAUACAAGAACAGUAUUGGUCUCUUGAAACAGACCCUGGUAUCCCUAAUUUCAUUGACCAAUGGACAGCCAGACUUAUUGGAUAACAAAGGGAAGGAACUCAUUUUAGAACUAUUAGAAACAUAUUCAUCAAACUUUGAGGUUUUAGAAUCAGUUCUACUGUUUAUUAGAAACACUUGUAUUAGACAUGAGGAAAACAGGCAAUCCUAUGUAAAGUUAGGGUUGAUAGCAAAGCUAGCCUCUGUGUUGAAAACUCAGCACAGAGAACCAUCCGUCGUCAUGGUGACAUGUCAGACUCUUCAGGUGUUGACAUUUGAUGAUGAUGUCAGAGUUCCAUUUGGUCAGGCACAUGAACAUGCCAGGAUGAUAGUGACUGAAGGAAAUGUGUUGAAAAUCAUCCUAGAUCUGUGUAAAGAUUUCACAGACCGCACAGAAGUGAUGAGUGAGCUGUUUGCCACGGUCAGUAAACUUGUGGUCAGGGACGAGUUUUGUCAAACUGUAAUGGAAAUGGGUGGAAUCGACCUCAUUCUGUCUGCAUUUCAGGAGAGCAUCACAAACAAGGACCUAGCCAAACAGGCCCUGAGUGUAACCAAAGCUCUGGCUGGCAAUGACAAAGUGAAGGAAGUCGUCGUACAGAACGGCGGAGUUCAGGUCAUUCUGUCGGCCAUGACAACACACCAGGCCAACCCAAAAAUCGCAGAGCUUGGGGCAGCUACCAUAGCUGCCAUUGUACUGAGAAAUCCCAGCAAUUGUAAGAGGGUAAUGGAAUUGAAUGGACACCAGGCCAUACUGCAAGCCAUGAAGAUCCACAGUCAGGAUGCUAAUGUCCAGAAACAGUGCUGUAUGGCCAUCAGAAACCUUGUCGCCAGAACACAGGAUUUCUGUGUCCUGUUUCUGGAGCUUGGUGCAGAGAGUCUGAUACAGGAGGCACAGAAGAAGCACAAGUCCUGUACAGAUGAAACAAAGGCAGCGCUGAGGGAUCUAGGCUGCGAAGUUCAUUUUGAAAUAAGAUGGAAGGGAGAGAAUCACAGAUUAGAGCAAUGAAUGAAAUGUGACACUCGGACUCGUAUUGAAAUUCGUAAUUAUUCUGGAUCUGGCAUUAAUUAUGUUUUAUUUGUACAUAUACAUGGUUCGAAAUUAACUCAUGUCCGUAAGUCCGAGACUAGUAGAAAACGUGUCGGACUAGUGAACUCUCUAUAGCACUAGUCCGUACGGACUAGUGAAAAUCCGGAAAUCAAUUUUGAAUUGGUAAAGAUUUUAGUAAGAUUUGUCUGAGUCUCUUAGAUGUUUGAACUUAUGGUUGAUUACCUGCAUGGUCAGGUGUUUGCAUGACUAUGACAGUCUGAUCUUCCAAACACAUGGAGUGCGUUUGAGACCACCGUUCUUCAAACGUGCACACAUUGUCAAAUUUCUGCCGAUUCCGAACGCCGAGUACACAUCACGAGAACGUGUUCUAGGUGCAAGAAUUGCAAGUAGUGUGGUCUGAGGACAUGCACGUUUGUAUGCAAAUGUUCUCGUCAUUCACGGCUCUAACACAGUAGUUCAUAACACUAUAGCUCAUAACUUGGUCAAUCGAGUGAAUUUUAUUGACUUUAUUGAUAAAAUUUCGAACUCCUGUGACUCUAAGGUCUGAACACCAAAACAACAGGAACGUCGAUCUCGAACGCACUUAUGGACGUUUAUCAAAGGAUUACCUCAGAGGUUAAUAUUGUAUGCUUUUGAAGAUCUUGAAUGCGAAAUAAAAUAUGGUCUCUUUUUCUUCUGUAGGUGUCAGAAAUUGAAUUGUUUGCAACUGUGAUGUGUUUAGUUUGAUUAAAAUGAAGAUCAUUUUUUUAUAUACUGGACGGACUAGUGAAAUGCUUUGCGGACUAGUUAACAUCAAUAGUGACUAGUCCGUACGGACUAGUGCUUGAAAAAGUUAAUUUCGAACCCUGCAUAUAUUUUGUAUAUUGCUGAUUUUAAACUUCAACAAUUAAACAUUAUCUUAAAUGUUC